UUUCGUGUCGGUCGCCGAAGCAACAGUCUCGCCGCUAGAGUGCGCCUCUUUCGUGUCCGACUUCAAAGUAAUGCUGGCGGAAACCUAUCUGGACUUCAGUGCUCUACGAAGAAGUCUGGGGAGUCUCGUCUCGACCUCAACUCAGGAUAGAUAGUUGCAGCACUGACAGUUAAUAUAAAACCGCAAGAAAUCUCUAAUUUGCCUGAACCGCACAAUGAUAUGGGAUUUACAAAAAUGGGAGCGGAGGUUGAGUCUCUUGCAAGAUUCCUUGGCGUGGUGAAGUAAACUGGAUUGUCCAGGAGAGCUAACGGUCUAAAUUCCUAUUUGAUGGUAAAGGUACCACACGGAUGAGUUUGACGGUCUCAGAAAAGUCGGCAGGCUGCAAGAGCACGAUGUCGUUCCCCCUAUGUGUUAGUCUGUGGAUGCUCCUGGCUGUUCACUGCCAAGCUGGAGCUGUGAAGAACUGCCACCCAAGCUGCCACUGUGAGGUGGAGAGCUUUGGCUUGUUCGACAGCUUCAGCCUGACCAGGGUGGAUUGCAGGGGAGUGGGCACCAGUCCCAUCCCCAUCCCCCUGGACACUGCCCACCUGGACUUGUCCUCCAACUCCAUGUCCCUGCUGACCGACACUAUGCUCUCUGGACCUGGCUAUACCACCUUGGUCAGCCUGGACCUCAGCAACAAUCGCAUAUCCAUGGUCAGCCCCAAGGCCCUGUCCAGGCUGCGCUACCUGGAGUCUCUGGACCUCAGCCACAACUCCCUGGAGGGCCUGGAUGAGGGCUGCUUCUCUGGCCUCCCUCUGGCUGAGGUUGAUCUCAGCCACAACCACUUCCGGGAGUUUGACCUCGACAUGUUCAUCACUAAAGGUCAUGGAGAGCCAAUCAACGUGGAUCUGUCCCACAACCAGCUGACGGUGGUCUCCAGGAGUUCCUCUAGGAGCCCCUUGCUACAUGUCCAGAGCCUGACUCUAGCAGCCAAUCAGCUGAGGGCCGUGCCUAAGCUCAAAGGCAUCCCGUUGAGGGACCUAAGCUUGGAUGGGAACAGUAUCUCACACGUUGAGGAGGGGGCCUUUGAGGACCUCAAGGACCUGGUUCACCUAUCCCUCAGUGGGCUUCCUGAGCUCUUUGACAUCCAGCCUAACAGUUUCAGAGGCCUUCAGAACCUUCAGGUCUUGGACCUGUCCAACAACGCCAAGCUAAAAGCACUCAGCCCAGCUGUGUUCAGUGGACUUGUGUCUCUACAGGAGCUCAAUCUGUCCAACUCUGGAGUAACGUCAUUGCCAAAUAACAUGCUAAGUCACUUGCCAAGCAUCAAGAGUAUUACCCUGGGCCAGAAUAUCCAUUGUUGGAGGGCUCAAAAGCAGGGCCAGUUUCACAGGCAGCUUGGACAGGAACAGAAACAUGACGAGGUGCUAACCUGUGACGUUAAAGGCAUUGUGUCGUGAUUGUGUUGGGAUUAUUGCCUUCAGUAUGGACAUCUAACUAGCACAUUAGUGCUAAAACUGUGCCUUAUAUCACUAUAUGCAAAGAACACUUUUUGUUAUUGCCGCCAAACAUGAUAAUUACUAUUUGAACAGUUUUGUUUAAAUUUAAAUUAAAUUUGUUUUGCUUUUAUUCCAAAGGCCUGAGAUAUUUAUUUCAAUCCACUGUUGAUACACUAUCAUGUCAUGCUUGCUAUGCAUAAAUCAUGUAUUUCAAUUACAGUAAUAUCCAUCCAUGCUAUUACUAGCUUGUUAUCUUCAAACCAUUUAGCUUUUCCUCUUCCAAUUUUUAAGGAGAUUUUAGGAUCUGGAACUAAAAAAAGAUGCACGUUACUGUGCAAGGACCACUCUUAUGUCAGACCAAAAGGUAAACAUCUUAUGUAGAGUAUGUAGUUAUGUAUGUCUAGCAUAGGAGGCUGGUGGGAGGAGCUAUAGGAGGACAGGCUCAUUGUAAUGUCUGACGUUGAAAAUAUGGAAUGUUAUCAAACACAUCAAACAUAUGGAAAGCACAUGUUUGACCACGUUCCAUUGAUUCCAAUCCAGCCAUUACAAUGAGCCUGUCCUCCUAUAGCUCCUCCCACCAGCCUCCUCGGAUGUCUAGUUAUCAUUUCAAUCAGAUAUUAUUGUGGACAAAUUCUCCUGUUAUCUUCCUCAGUCAUGUUUACAUGGCCUAAGACCUGGAAGCCAACAUCGCCUGUUCUGUUUCAAAGAGCUGUUACACAACGGGUUGAAAUGUGAUCUGAACAAAUCAAUGCAGAAACAAAUUCUUGAACGUCACCUAGGGGAUUUUCGCUGCUCUGUUAUUGAAUCAGUUUCCCAUGACCGUGACCAUUUAUUUCGAAACAUAAAAUUGGCUUCCGGCAGUUUAUUAGACACAGACAUGUUUCAUCCUGUAUUUUCUUAUCUCUUCUGACAGAAGUGUGUUUUAACUGAAACACUAUAUGUGAUGUAUUUGAUGCAUUGUAUUAUUCACCCUACUUUGAAAUGUUAUAAAUGUCACAGCUAUUCUACAGCAUCAACUUUGGAUCUACAUUGGCCAAAAUCCUUCAGAUAUUCUGUGCAACAACAACUGCAUGUUUGAACACCUGCCUUGGUUGCUAUUCCUGUGGUAUAAUAUGGACGGAAAGAGACAUAACUGCAUGUUUGAACACCUGCCUUGGUUGCUAUUCCUGUGGUAUAAUAUGGACGGAAAGAGACAUAACUGCACUUGAACUGUUUUGAAUGUUAAACAUCUGCUUAAAGAUGUUUUAUAUUUCUUUAUUAAUAGUGUAUACACUUAGUGUACAAAACAUUAAGAACACCUUCCUAAUAUUGAAUUUCACCCCUGAGAACAGUCUCAAUUCGUCAGGUCAUGGACACUACAAGGUGUCCAAAGCGUUCCCCAGGGAUGCUGGCCCAUGUUGACUCCAAUGCUUCCCACACAUGUCAAGUUGGCUCAAUGUCCUUUGGGUGGUGGACCAUUCUGAUACACAUGGGAAACUGUUGAGCGUGAAAAACUCAGAAGCAGUGCAGCUCUUGACACUGAAAUGUUUUGUUCUGCCCAUUCACCCUCUAAAUGGCACAUGUACACAAUCCAUGUCUCAAGGCUUAACAAUCCUUCUUUAACCUGUCUCCUCCCCUUCAUCUACACUGAUUAGAAGUGGAUUUAACUGGUGACAUCAAUAAGGGAUCAUAGCUUUCACCUGGAUUCACCUGGUCAGUCUGUCAUGGAAAGAGCAAGUGUUCUUAAUGUUUUGUACAUUCGGUGUAUAACUUUGUAUAGAUGUGUAGAAUAAUCCAUCUAUUUUACAUCUGUGUACUUUACAUAAAUGUAUUAACUUUUAAUUAUUUUUUUAACUUUGUUUGCUACCCUGUCCCCAACAGCCUGUGGCAUUCCACAAUUGCUUGGUGUGUCUGUAUUUGAAAAUAUAUAAAUUGUCUGGGUUUCAACGCACA